AUGCCAGAAUACGAGCUCUACUACUUCGACUUCCCAUUGCGAGGUGAGGUUGCCAGAUGGCUCUUUGUCUACGGCGGAAUCCCCUUCAAGGACCAUCGAGUCAGCGUGGAGGAAUGGCCAAAACUCAAAGGGAAUAAGAAGCGUAAGCUAUGAUUAAAAAAAGCAAAUCACAACGUAUUUUACAAAGCAUUUUCUUUAUCGACGAGUUUUGCUGUACACACUAUAUCAGUCUGUCAGGAAAAUAUGUAAUGAGCACUCUGUCGCAUCGAAAAUCGUAUCGCCGCCGAGAAAAUCAAUUUUCGUGGCAAAAUCAAAUUGCUUUUCACUUCAGCGACGCGAUUGGAGCAACGACAUUGUGUAUCUAUUAUUUUUCCGACAGGCUGAAAUUAGAGUGUACAGCCGACUCCAAGACAAAACUGGUUGAUAACGGACUUCUCCUGUACUGUUUUGAGACCGAAAAAAUCAUGGCCCGAGCCAAAAAAAUCGGGUUUUGGCCGGUCUAACAAAAAACUACUCCCAAAAGUCAGUCUUAAACUAACAAGAAGGAAGCUUUCCUACAAAGAAACUCAUGUAUUUACGACGUAUUUUUCUAUUUCCGCCACAGACCGCUAUUUUCAGUAUUCCCCUACGGCGUGAUGCCAGUUCUUCACGUUGGCAAUGACCGUGUCGCCGAGUCCCAUGUCAUCAACCGUUUCAUUGCCAGAUUGGCGAAGCUCGACCACGCCGAAGACCCACUGGAUCAUGCUCGGCUUGACGAGGUCUACGAGCUUGUCCGAGCCUUCUACGACGAUGCUUUCAAGUACGUCAUCACUGUGUUUGGAUUCAUCCCCGGCGACAAAAACAAGGCUUUUGAGGAGAUUCUGGUGCCCGCUUUCGAGAAACAUGUGCCUAAUAUUGAGCGCAACAUCAAGGGAAAUGGCUGGUUCAGCGAGCGCGGCAUCUCGCAUGUGGACCUGUUCUAUGGCCAACUUCUGGACAUGCUGAACAUUGUUGCACAGGAUUUUUUGAAGUCCGAACCUGAGAGCUACAAGUUCUGGCAGCGGGUUACCGCGGAGCCACGGAUCAAGGAGUUUGUGGCCAAGAGAAAGCAGUGA